AUGUAUCUUAUCCAAAAGAGCUUUUACGCCCUUGCGCUCUUGACUGUCUUUUCAAGCGUAACUUCUAUACCUGUCAAUAUCCAAAGCAAUGAUACGGGUUUAACUACUUCGAAUAACGUGGUCUUAUCACUUGAUCAGCGUAACAACCCAGUCCUCGUUGCUUCAGAUAGCGCUAUUAAAUCCCUCACGGGUACAGAUGCAGAUACCUUGGACUUAGCCCCGCGCAGCGGCCCUCCUACCGAUCAAGACUUUGUGAACUUUUUUAAAGCAAAACAGCGUACCCUAGCCACCGACCGACUUGUCUUCUUCUCUGGUGUCGGUGCAGCGGAGUCUCAGGACUUUGCCCGCGCCACAGGCCGCCAAACCUUAGAGAUGAUUAUUGGUAAUACCUGGAGUCAUUACCAAGGUGUUCGUGCAGAUGGCGGUUUCUGGCCAGAUUGGCCGGCGGCAAUUGCAGGCUUCUGGGAUCCUGCUUCUCGGGCUUGUGCACAGUACGCUACGGGAGAAGUCUUUUUCUAUAGUUCUCGAGAAGUGCUAGACGACCAGACGCGACCGAAUUGCCCUAAAUGCUGGUAUAGGGUAGAGAAGCCAGAGUUAAUUGCUUCAAUGCAUGCUAGGUAUACCCCGAGGGUUACAAGUAUCGCAAAGUAUACCUACCCCUAUAGAGACAACAAGGGGCCUGUGGGGUAUAUCCAAACAAUGUCGGAUAAGAGAGAUCUCUUAGGUGUUGUUAGUAAUAUAGUGGGGAAUUGGGUGACGCUUGCCAAGUCACGUGCAUAA